AUGUUUCUACAGACCAAAUACUUAUUUUUGUGUUAUAACACCUGGAAUACAAAAACGAGCAUUAUAGCGGCAAACUGGGGGAAUAACAAUAUUUGAACAUGUCAGAUUUCUUCGAUGACGAAGCAGAAGAAUCAUCUGAUGAGGAGUUUGUUGUUACGAAAAAGAAGAAACCAGUUCUGAGUGACGACGAUGCUCCUUCUGAAGAUGAUGCCGAAGAUGAAGAAGAAGUGGAUAAAAAAUUAGCUGCAGAAGCUGAUGAUCAAGGAAAUAUUCGUGACCUGAUCGAUGACGAUAUAGAUGAUGAUGAAGAUGAAAGUGAUGCCAGUGAUUCAGAUGUAUCGAGUGAAGAUGAAGAACCAGGAGGAAAACACAGAGAUGUUACUGAUGAAGAGGAAAAAGAGGAAGAGAUCAGAACAAAACGUUCAAAGCGAAAACACGACCAUCGGCUUGAAGACGAUGAUCUUGAUCUAAUUGAAGAAAAUUUGGGAGUAAAAAUAAAAAGAAAAAAAUUCAGCAGAUUGAAAACUGUUUCAUCGGAUGAAGAUGACAGUGACAAAGAAGAAGAUACCGGAGCAGGAGGACAUCGACAAAACGUCGCUAAUGAAAUCUUCCAAGGAGAGGAAUAUGAUUAUGAACCUGGGCAGGAUCAUCGUCAAGAACCUGUUAUUGCUCCAGUUGAUGAAGAAGGUGAAGAAUCAGACGAAAGUGAUGUUGAUGAUUUUAUUGUUGAUGAUAACGGAGAACCUAUUAGUAAACCUCAUCAACCAGGACAAAAAAGAAAAAAGAAAGGAGAUGCAGCUCUUCAAAAUUUACACGACAUAUUCGGUGUAGAUUUUGACUUCAGCGAAUUUGAGAAAUAUGGUGACGAAUACGAGGAUGAAGAAAUGGAAAUGGAAGAAGAUUAUAUCGAUGAAAUGGAUGAAGAAGGAGUAAUAGUUGACAGUGAGAUGCGUCCAAAGAAGAAAAGCAGAAAGGCAAAGAAAAAGAAAUCAAUUUUUGACGUAUAUGAGCCUGACACUUUAGAAAGAGGGUAUUUCACCGACUUUGAUGCUGAAAUUAGGAAUGCUGAUGUCCCAGAAAGAUUUCAACUUCGUACAAUACCAGUCAGACCGGCUGAUAAUGCAGAACUGGAAUUAGAGGCUGAUUGGAUUUACAAGCAUUGUUUUGUUGAAACGACUAUUUCAAAGCAGGAAAACUACGAUGACAUAGGCGCUUCAUCAUCACUAAAUCGAAAACCACAAUCUUCUGUUGCUAAGAUUCAGGAUUCUCUUAACUUCAUGAGAAAUCAACAAUUUGAGAUGCCGUUUAUUGCAUUCUACAGAAAAGAAUAUGUUGAACCUGAAUUGAAUAUAUAUGAUUUGAAUAAGAUAUAUCACUGGGAUGAGAAGUGGACUCAACUUCUCAACAGGAAAGCAAACUUGACAAGACUUUUACAGAAAAUGCAAACAUAUCAAUAUGAACAGAUAUCAAGAGAUCCUGAUAAACCUUUAGGAGAUAAUAUACGUGCUCUCACUGAUGCCGAUAUUGAGAGAAUACAAAAUGUUCAAACCAUGGAUGAAUUGAAAGAUGUUUAUGCUCAUUUUCUACUUCAUUAUGGUAGAGAUAUUCCAAAGAUGCAGAAUGCACUCAGAACACAAAGGCAAAGGGAAAGAAAUGAAGAUGGCACGUCUGCUGAAACUGAUGAAGCUCAAGCAAGUGACCUAAAGCAAGCUUCAAGACGUGAUAUGUACACUGUUUGUUUAAAUGCAGGACUAGGUGGUGUUGCAAAUAAAUUUGGCUUGACACCAGAGCAGUUCGGAGAGAACUUGCGAGAUAAUUAUCAACGACAUGAAACUGAACAAUAUCCUGCUGAACCAAAGGAUCUUGCUCAAGACUUUAUUACACCACAGUUCGAUUCAAUUGAAAAGGUAUUGGAAGGUGCCAGAUAUAUGAUGGCAAUGCAGCUUGCUAGAGAACCACUUGUUCGACAAUGUGUUCGUCAAACUUUCCAAGAGCGUGCAAAAAUUAAUGUAAAUCCAACAAAGAAAGGAAAGAAAGAAAUUGACGAAGCUCAUCCUUUGUUCGGCGUUAGAUGGUUGAGAAAUAAACCAGUUAGGGAUUUGAAUGGACCAUGCUUCUUGCAUCUCGCUAAUGGUGAACUUGAACGUUUGGUUGAGAUUGAUAUUCGGAUCGACAUGAAAGAUUCUGAUAUAUCAGGAACACAUACUUAUUUUGAAGAAAUUAAACAGUUGUAUUACAGAGAUGAAUUCAGUCAUCUGGUUCAAGAAUGGAAUUCACAGAGAAGUCAGGUCAUUGAUUCAAUGCUGAAUAAAAUAUUAUAUCCUGAAUUAGUGAAAGAAACAAGAGCAACUUUGUUACGGGAAGCCAGGGAAGGGAUAAUAAAUCAUUGUGCUCUAGCUCUGAGAAAAUGGUUGUCUGUUGCUCCAUAUCAACCUGAAGAACGUGAAGAUGAGGAAGAAGACGAAGGAAGACAAGGCUGUGUUGUUAUGGCUGUCAGUUAUAGUGAUAACAGAGAUUCAGCAACAUUUGCCACUGUAAUAUCUGGUGAUGGAGAGGUUACAGAUUUCCUUAGACUUCCGUUCAUGAGAAUGAGACGUAACGCACCUAUAGAAGAUGAUAGAAAGAGGAAAGAAAAAGAUUUGGACAAUAUCAAAAAUUUCAUCACUAAGAGGAAACCCCAUGUAAUUGUGAUCGGAGCUGAAGACAGGUAUGCACUCAUGUUGCAAGAAGAUAUUAAAGAAUGUGUUACAGAACUUGAACAAGAAGGAAGCAUUCCUGCUAUCAGUGUUGAACUGAUGGACAAUGAACUAGCUGCUGUCUAUGCAGCUACAAAAAGAUCUGAAACUGACUUCCGAGAUUAUCCUGUUGAAUUGCGACAAGCUGUAUCAUUAGCAAGAAGAAUGCAAGAUCCUAUGCUAGAAUUUUCACAACUAUGCUCUCAAGAUGAUGAUUUGAUGUGUUUGAAAUUUCACCCUUUACAGGACCAAGUUGAAAAGGACCAACUUCUUACAAGUCUUGUAGAAGAAUUUGUAUUUCGUGCCUGUGAAGUUGGUGUUGAUGUAAACCGAGCCAUAUCUCAUCCACAUACUGCCAAUAUUGUACAAUUUGUUUGUGGCCUUGGUCCAAGGAAAGCUGCUCACUUAGUCAAGGUCUUGAAACAAAAGAAUGGUAGACUGGAGAAUCGAUCUAAUCUUGUAACAGUUUGUCGAAUGGGUCCAAAAAUAUUCAUCAAUUGUGCUGGAUUUAUAAAGAUCGAUACAAGUUCAUUAGGAGACAGCACUGAUGUAUAUAUUGAAGUUCUCGAUGGUUUACGUGUUCAUCCUGAGACAUAUGAAUGGGCCAGGAAGAUGGCAGUCGAUGCUUUGGAAUACGAUGAAUCAGCGGAAGAUGCAAAUCCUUCAUCUGCUCUCGAGGAAAUUCUGGAAUCUCCAGAAAGAUUAAAAGAUCUUGAUUUGGAUGCUUUCGCUGAUGAACUCGAGAGACAGGGAUAUGGCAACAAAGGCAUCACGUUGUAUGAUAUCAGAAAUGAAUUAGAUUGCAGAUAUAAAGAUUUGAGAACUUCGUAUCGAGCUCCGACUGCCGAGGAAAGAUUUUCUCUUAUCACAAAAGAAACACUGAGUUCAUUCCAGGAAGGGAAACUAGUGACAUGCCGCGUGGUAGGAAUUGCGUACAGGCGACCAAAAGCAGAGCAACUUGACCAAGCAGAACCACACAAAGAUGAAAAUACAGGAACAUGGAGUUGUUCAUUCUGUGGUACUGGUGGUUUUGGAGAACUCAGUGAGGUUUGGUCUCACUUGGACAGUGGAGAUUGUCUUGGCAAAGCUGUUGGUGUUAGAACUAGACUUGAUAAUGGUUUAAGUGGAUUCAUUUCUACAGAUCGUCUGAGUGAUUCCAAAGUUACUAACCCAGAAGAAAGAGUAAAGGUUGGGAUGACGGUACAUUGCAGAAUUACAAAGAUAGAUAUUGAUAAAUUUCAAGUUGAUUUGUCAUCAAAAAGUUCGGACUUGAGAAAUGAGAGCGAACAGUGGGGAUCCGUGUUUGAUACUUAUUAUGAUCACGAAGCAGAAGAAAAAGACAAACAGAGUUCACAGAAUAAUGAUAAAAACAAGAACAGAACAACCUACAUCAAGCGUGUAAUUGCUCAUCCAUCAUUUCAAAACAUUGGUUUCAAAGAAGCUGAAAAAGUUUUGGAAUCUAUGGAUCAAGGGGAUGUUAUUAUAAGGCCAAGUAGCAAAGGUGCUGAUCAUUUGACAGCAACUUGGAAAGUUGGUGAUCAUGUCUGUGCUCAUAUUGAUAUUAGAGAAGAAGGAAAAGAAAAUUCGUUCAGUCUUGGUAAAACUCUCCUUAUUGGAAAUGAUGAAUUUGAAGAUCUGGAUGAAAUUAUUGCUCGUUUUAUUCAACCAAUGGCAGCAAACGCUCGUGAUAUUCUCAAUCAUAAGUAUUACAGAGAAUCAAAUGGUGGAAAGAAAGAUGUUUUGGAAGAAUUAUUAAAACAAGCUAAGAAAAAUGCUCCGUCCAGAAUUCCAUAUUUUAUGAGCGAAUGCAAGGAAUUACCAGGAAAAUUUCUCUUAUCGUAUAUGCCAAGGACGAAGCCAAAACACGAGUAUGUUACCGUGUUGUCUGAUGGAUUUCGAUAUCGUGGUCAAGUGUUCACAACAAUAAAUCAGUUAUUUAAAUGGUUCAAAGAACAUUUCAGGGACCCAAUUCCUCACCAUCUCAUGCCAUCAAGAACUCCAGCAGGUGCCUCGUCUAAUUCUGAUUCCUUCAACGUUGCUGCAAUACAGAAUGCAUUGCAGAAAAUGCAAACACCGAGAGGACAGUCUGGACCAUUUGCGACCCCACUGCCAAGAGGAUUUGGUGUCACGCCUAAUGCAGCUGUAAUACCCCAUACACCCAACUAUCCUCCACAACAAACUCCUAACUAUGGACAACAGCGCACUCCAAGCAGUUUCACUCCUCGUAAUCGAACACCUGUGACCUGGGGUCAUCCUCCAGCAGCUGUGCCAAAUAGAACACCAAGUGGUGGAGGAAACAUUGCUGCUACCGAUUGGGGAAAAGCUGCAGAAGAAUGGGCAAGGAAAAAAGUAUCUAAGUCGACUCCUAGAAUGACCCCUUCGGGUACACCCAGGGGACCUAGAACACCUGCAGGAAGUUACAAAGGUACACCGAGGACACCAACCCACCACACACCUCGUGGAGGCGGCACACCUGUGUGAUUGGUUCCCAGCUUUCUCAAUCAUGUAAUUCGAGUUAAUCUGCUGUCAAAAUGUUGAAAAUACAAAUUCCUGUAUUUAUUAUACAGCAUUUGCUAUAUCUCUUCCGAAAUUGAGACGAGUGGCAUACUGUUCAAUUGUAUAUCAUACAAGCUCUCAAUUCAUACUAUGAAAUCUUUGUUUGUUUACCAAGUAGGUCGUAGGGUGAACACUUGACAGUUUAUUUAUUUCCUAUGUACAGCAUAUUUUUGCAACUCUUCUGAAGAUGAACAGAGUUGUAUGUUUGAGUUGGUGAAUUAUGUUUUUAUACCAUAUUUUGUGUCAAUGUCUCAUUUUGUGAGUAAUUCCAAUUUUAAAAAUAACAUGAUAUCUGUUACCAGGGAAA